GUUCCCGCGAGUGGGGAUGCGCUAGGUCAAAUCUAGGGCCACGCCCCCGGGGCUGUUGCGCAACUCUUAGAGCAGGGGAAAAAAGAAGGCGCAGUGGGGAUUUUAAUGGGCGUGCGAGUGGGGGCGUCAAAGAGUUAAUGAAUGAUCCCAGGCACUGAUGCUGAUGAAGAUGUUUUGUCAGUCAGUAAAGAUAGAAGAGAACUCAGAGGUGAUCACUGUACUGUAGAAGAAAUGCGGUUAACAGACAAGAGUGAGGGAGAACAACAGCUCAAACCCAACAACUCUGAUGCGCCCAAUGAAGAUCAAAGAGAAGAAGUCCAACAGCAAGAAGAGCGUACUCCAGUAGGGCAGCGAACACAAAGAGCAGGCACACAGCCAUCCAGAUGUCAAUUGCCUUCACGUACGACACCUACAACAUCCACCAAUGGAAGAGUCAACCUUCUCGGAGUCCUUCCAUGGCCUAUGCAGUGGAUUUCCAGCCCGUAUCAACUGCCUGAUGUUCUUCAGUUUUAUCCUGAAUUUCUUCUGGUUUUUAAAGAGUCUUUCCACGAUACAUCCCACUGUCUGAAGAUCCAUGUCAAAGAGAUCGUGCUACCUAUCCUCCUCCACCUCUCUGCGCUCUCCUCCUUCUACUUCUACCUGCCUGUCCUUCCCCUACUUCUCUUCCUCUAUUUCUUUACUCGUUUUGUGAUUCUGCUUCUGAUUAUUCUUUUCAUUCUUAUCUUCUCUUAAUUCCUUUCCUUCAAUAAACAGCAAUGAACAUGAA